GAGAGGAGACAGCGCGGGGCCGGGCCGGGCCGGGCUGCGCCGGCAGCAGGAAUCAUGACAACCUCAGGAAAAGAGAAUUUCCGACUGAAGAGCUACAAGAACAAAUCUCUAAACCCUGAUGAGAUGCGUCGCAGGCGGGAGGAAGAGGGUCUUCAGCUACGGAAGCAAAAGAGAGAGGAACAGUUGUUUAAACGCCGAAAUGUUGCAACAGCUGAGGAAGAAGCGGAGGAGGAAGUGAUGUCAGAUGGUGGCUUCCAUGAGGCUCAGAUGAACAACAUGGAGAUGACUUCUAGUGCAGUCAUCACCUCUGAUAUGAUUGAGAUGAUUUUCUCCAAUAGUCCAGAACAGCAGCUUUCAGCCACCCAGAAGUUCCGAAAGCUUCUUUCUAAAGAACCAAAUCCCCCAAUAGAUGAAGUCAUAAGCACACCAGGAGUGGUGGCCAGGUUUGUGGAAUUCCUCAAACGAAAAGAAAACUGUACAUUACAGUUUGAAGCUGCGUGGGUGCUGACAAAUAUUGCCUCGGGAAAUUCCCUUCAGACUCGAAUAGUGAUCCAAGCAGGAGCUGUCCCCAUCUUCAUAGAGCUGCUUAGUUCGGAGUUUGAAGAUGUACAGGAACAGGCAGUAUGGGCUCUUGGCAACAUUGCUGGAGACAGCACUAUGUGCAGAGACUAUGUAUUGGACUGUAAUAUCCUGCCCCCUUUAUUGCAAUUGCUUUCAAAACAGAACCGUCUCACUAUGACCCGAAAUGCUGUAUGGGCUCUAUCCAACCUCUGCAGAGGGAAAAAUCCUCCUCCAGAUUUUGCCAAGGUUUCACCUUGUCUUAGUGUGCUUUCCUGGCUGCUCUUUGUCAAUGAUACAGAUGUAUUAGCUGAUGCCUGCUGGGCUUUGUCCUAUUUGUCUGAUGGCCCCAAUGAUAAAAUCCAGGCUGUAAUUGAUGCAGGAGUCUGCAGAAGACUUGUGGAAUUGCUGAUGCACAACGACUACAAAGUUGUAUCUCCUGCCUUACGAGCUGUUGGGAACAUCGUCACAGGAGAUGAUAUCCAGACCCAGGUAAUUCUGAACUGUUCAGCCCUGCAGAGUUUACUGCACUUGCUAAGCAGCCCCAAAGAAUCUAUCAAAAAGGAAGCAUGCUGGACAAUAUCUAAUAUAACGGCUGGAAACAGAGCCCAGAUCCAGACAGUCAUAGAUGCCCAUAUCUUUCCAGCUCUUAUAAAUAUUUUGCAAACAGCUGAGUUUCGGACAAGGAAGGAAGCUGCUUGGGCAAUCACAAAUGCAACAUCUGGAGGCUCUGCUGAACAGAUCAAGUAUUUAGUAGAACUGGGAUGCAUCAAACCACUCUGCGACCUUCUUACAGUAAUGGACUCAAAGAUUGUGCAAGUAGCACUGAAUGGGCUGGAGAACAUCCUGAGGCUUGGAGAGCAGGAAUCCAAACGCAGUGGCACUGGCAUUAAUCCUUACUGCGCUCUUAUUGAAGAAGCGUAUGGCCUGGACAAGAUUGAAUUCCUGCAGAGCCAUGAGAACCAAGAGAUUUAUCAGAAGGCCUUUGAUCUGAUUGAGCACUACUUUGGAACAGAGGAUGAAGACAGCAGCAUUGCCCCACAGGUGGAUCUCAGCCAGCAACAGUACAUCUUCCAGCAGUGUGAGGCUCCCAUGGAAGGCUUCCAGCUCUGAGGCUAGUGAAAACAAUGUGGUGCAUUGGCGUCUCCCUCCCCUGCCCCCCAAGAAAGUAAUGACAAUUGCCUCUAAAUGAGUGAAUUAAAAAAGAGUCCAUUUAAGCUGAAUGGUGUGCCUUCCUGUGUAAAGACCCCGGCCAGUGUUUGUUACUUUUGCCGUGGAUAUGUGCAUUCAGAGCAGAUAAGUAUAAAUCUUUAAACUUGGUAUGUUUGUUUGAAGUGACAGGCCUGGUUGACACAGGUAAUAUUGUUGUCAUAUAUACUUAGACUGUGUAAGGCAUUUGACUGGUACUGCGUAAUACUUUGACUGAAAACUAAAACAAUACAAAAAUCAACAUGGCACACAUUAAAUUGAUUAA